AUGGAAGACAAUGCUAAUCUGCAGACAACGAACGGAACUACAGUUCACAAAAGACAAAAGAAAACGGAUGCUUUAAAUGGGGAUACAGCGAGCGAAAAAAGCGACGAGAAUUUACGACCGGGAAAUCAAAAUGUCGCUCGCUACUUGUCAGUGGACGAAGUUUCUCCUCAAUUUAAGGAAAUAUUUAUCGUGUCAGGCUAUCGGAGGCCGUACUCUUCGGCGAAGGAGUGCUUUUUGAGCAUAUUCCAAAUACAAAGUAACGAAUGUUUGAAUGUUUGGACACAUUUACUGCCAUUGUUUUGUUUUAUUAUUCGUUUCGCUCGCGUCUUCUCGAGCUUGUCGUUCAGCGACCCGUACAACUAUCCGCUCAUGUGCUUCGCGUUGAGUAUCUGUGGCUUCUGUUCCAUGAGCUGUGGGGCUCACAUGUUCAACUCAAUGUCUCCAAGACUCAGGCACACUUGCUUUUUCUUCGAUUACGCGGCGAUUGCGAUAUACUGCUUCGGAGCGUCGCAGGUAUUUUUCUAUUACGGCAGACCAGCCUACAGCGAUAUCCCCAUCUACAACAAUCACUUGCUAUUUCUUGGUAUCAGCGCGUUUAUAAGCCUCUCGGCCAACUUCCUUUGCUGUGCUUCGAGACAUCGCUGGCUGAGCGUUAAAUAUUUGAUACGGACAAUGCCUUUUGUGGUCGCGUUUUUGUUUAUCAUUUCGCCCGUGGUAUGGCGGACCUAUACGUGCAUCGAAGCGACCGAUUGUAAUUUCGAAUCAUUAAGCUAUCACAAAAGACAUGCAACCUUUUAUCUAUUCGCUGCCUUAAUCAACGUCUCCAGGCUACCAGAACGUCUUACGCCGGGAACUUUUGAUUGUAUAGGAAACAGCCAUCAUUUUCUCCAUCUAUUUACGGCUAUCGGAUCGUCGGAUGAAUUUUCAGCCAUUUUCAGUGACAUGACGAACCGACGUGAAAUUUUGGACGCCCGAGUUGGACCAACAUUUCUCAACUCAGUCGGACUUAUGGCUGCAUUUGCCGUAGUGAAUAUUGCAAUUGUUUUAUACUUUGCAAAACAGCUCAAAUCUGAUAAGGAAGAAGGGGACAGAGCCUAG